AUGCAGCUGGAAGUUCCCCGUUCUCCAGCUCCACCUGUUUGGCUUCCGAGCGUGCACUCCGGGGCCCCCCACGCCCCCAUCUCCCAGCUGCCACGGACCGUGCCAGAGCAGACCGGGAGAGACGGACAUCUGAUGGCAGAGGUGCCGAGGGCGCAGCUAAUAAAAGCCAAAACUAUAAAAAUAAACAGCGCGGUGGCGGCACCUGCUGUCCCACCCCCGGGGAAAGCCGCGGCUUUUCCCGGGGUGAGGGCAGUGAGGUCCCCGUCACUGCGUUGUCCUCCCGGGCCAAAGUACACAGCACCGCCCAGAGGCCAUGUCAGUUUUCCACCACGAGAGGGCGCCACCGCACCACGGUUGGGACCUCUCAUGGUGGAAGAGCUGCAGCGCGUCUCACCUCUCUGCCGCAGGUGGCAGAGGUGGGCUGCGCUCGCAGCUUCGCCCUGGGUGUUGAAGACGAUUUUGAGGGGUUACAAGCUGCAGUUUGCCGCUGUUCCCCCUCGAUUCGCCGGCAUAAUACACUCCCAGGCUCAGGGAGAGUCAGCUCGUGUUUUGCAAGAGGAAAUCCUCUCACUGUUAAACAAAGGAGCAAUCUGUGUCGUUCCUCCCGCACAGUGUCUGAGGUUCGCUUUCCAGGGGACGUGCUACGAGUACCGCGUGCUCCCAUUCGGUCUGUCUUUAAGCCCGAGGGUGUUCCUCUGGUGCACGGAAGCGGCGAUAGCCCCGCUGAGACAGCAGGGCAUUCGCUUGGCCACAUAUCUGGACGAUUGGCUGCUUUUGGCACAAUCGAGGCAGGAGGCCAUGGCGCAUACGCGUAUUCUCACACGGCACCUAUUAGACCUGGGUUUUGUGAUAAACGCGGAAAAGAGCAUGCUGUGCCCGACACAGGACAUAAUCGUUCUGGGAUUAUCCCUGGACUCGGUGGUUUUCACGGCGCGCCCCUCGGCGGAGCGAGUGAGAGCUUUCAGAGCAUGUCUUGCGCUUUUCCAUCCAGGCAAAUCUGUUCAAUUCAGAUUGUGUCUUCGAUUACUCGGACUGAUGGCGUCAGCCAUUCUCGUGGUUCGUCUCGGUCGCCUCCACAUGAGGGAAUUCCAGCUCUGGGUGGCCUCAUGCGGGCUGGAUCCCGUGCGUCAUGGCGCACGGAGAGUGUUGGUUACGCCGGGGUGCGUCAGGGCACUGCGCCACUGGCGAGCCCCGUCGUUUCUGACCCGCGGGGUGCCCAUGGGCUCUGUCCUGUCCAGGAAGGUGGUCACUACGGACGCCAGCCACGGGUGGGGCGGAAUUCACGAGGGCCGGUCAGUGAGGGGCCGCUGGAGUGUGGACCUCCAGCGGUCUCACCUAAAUUUUCUGGAACUUUCAGCGGUGUUCCUCUCCCUGAAACACUUCCUUCCGUCUCUCAUGGGCCAUCAUGUCCUGGUGAGGACGGACAAUACGACGACGGUAGCGUACAUCAACCGCCAAGGGGGGUUGCGCUCUCGUCAGUUGCACAUGCUGGCACGCAGACUGAUCCUGUGGAGCUGCGGUCGUCUCCUCUCCCUGAGGGCGACGCACGUCCCGGGAGCUCUGAACACGGGCGCGGACCUGUUGUCCAGGGGCGCGCCGGUAUACGGGGAGUGGACUCUGCACCCAGAGAUUGUGGAACAGAUAUGGGCCCGUUAUGGUCGGGCCGCGGUGGAUCUGUUCGCGUCAAGAGGAAACGCGCAGUGCGCGCUUUUUUACUCUCUGCGCAACCUGGAUGCUUCCCUCGGCAUAGACGCACUAGCGCACGUCUGGCCGCACGAGCUUCUUUACGCGUUCCCUCCCCUGGCCCUGAUACCCCCCACUCUGUCCAGAGUGAGGGACCACGGCCACGCGCUGAUUCUGAUAGCUCCGCAUUGGCCUGCAAUGCAUUGGCUGGCGGAGAUAUAUCGGUUGCUGUGCGCGCAACCUUGGCAGCUCCCGCUGCGCAGGGACCUGUUAUCACAGGGGGGGGGGGCGGUUUUCCACCCGCACCCAGAACGCCUGGCGCUGUGGGUUUGGCCCCUGAGUGGUUCAAUUUGUCAGCUGUGGGAUUCCCACAGCGACCUGAUUGACAAACGAAAAGCCUUCUCCACAGUUAAAGUGUACUUGGCAGCUAUAGCCGCCUGUCACGUGGGGUUUGGGAAACAAACAGCGAGCCAGCACCCGCUGGUUUGCCGUUUUAUGAAGGGAGCGCGCAGGCUUCUCCCCGUGUCCAGACCACUGGUGCCACCAUGGGAUCUGGCUGUGGUUCUGGAGGGGCUCAAGGGUCCUCCUUUUGAGCCGCUGGGGGGAGCAGGCUUGAAACACCUGUCUCUCAAGACAGUGUUGUUACUGGCUCUGGCUUCGGCUAAACGGGUUAGUGACAUCCAUGCGCUUUCGGUGCAUCCAUCAUGCACUCAGCUUUUCCCGGGGGAUGUGAGGAUGAUUUUGAAGCCCAACCCGGCCUUUGUGCCUAAGGUAGUGGGCUCAUGUUCUCCUAUUGACCUUGUGGCCUUUGCUGCCUCGCCUGGAGAGCAGCGGUCACAUGCGUUAUGUCCAGUCCGUGCGGUGCGCACUUACAUGGACAGGAGUAAGGGUUUCAGGAGGAGCGAUCAGCUGUUUGUCUCCUGGGCUAAUCCUCAUAAGGGGAAACCUGUCACAAAGCAGCGCCUGUCCCACUGGGUCGUGGAGGCGAUUGCUUUGGCUUAUACGAGUUAG